UGUGGAUGUAAAUUGAGCAGCAUGGAUCAGUGUGAGGACAGAGAGGAGGGAGUCCCUCCCUCUAAAACCAUUCUGUGUGGGGAAUGUGAGAGCCAGACCAAAUCUCAGAGGAACCAGCCUGGACCUCCAUCCAGCUUUGUGUCCUUAAGGAGUGACACGUCUAAAGGUGGUCUCGUUGAUUUUAAAGUGUCUGCUGCAGAGAGCAGUCAGAGGUCACAGUCUGCAGGAUCCAGCUGUCUGUCUGUGAGGAGUGACCUGUCCAAAGAUGAACCUCCAUACUUCAGUGAUGAACCUGGACCAACGAGAGUGGACCAGGAGAGCUCAGAGGUUCCCAGUGGUCAGUCUGUCCAGCAGCAUCAAACGCAACUGGACUCCAUAUUUGUGCUGCUGGAGGACAACAUCAUCACUUUUGUGAAGAACGAGCUGAAGAAGAUCCAGAAGGUUCUGAGUGCAGAUUACCCAGAGUGCUUAGCAAGUCGAAAGAGCAGCAGCAGAGAGGCAUUUGUGAAGAUCACACUGAAGUUCCUGAGGAAAAUGAAGCAGGAGGAGCUGGCUGAUCGUCUGCAGAGCAAACUUCAAGCUGUAGUUUGUCAUCGUAACCUUAAAUCUGCUCUGAAGGAGAAGUUCCAGUGUGUGUUUGAGGGGAUCGCUAAAGCAGGAAACCCAACCCUUCUGAAUCAGAUCUACACAGAGCUCUACAUCACAGAGGGAGGGACUGCAGAGGUCAAUGAUGAACAUGAGGUUAGACAGAUUGAAAUAGCAUCCAGGAAACCAGACAGACCAGAAACAACAAUCCGACGAGAAGACAUCUUUAAAGCCUCACCUGGAAGAGAUGAACCAAUCAGAACAGUGCUGACAAAGGGAGUGGCUGGCAUUGGGAAAACUGUAUUAACACAGAAAUACACCCUCGACUGGGCUGAAGACAAAGCCAACCAGGACAUCCAGUUCAUAUUUCCAUUCACUUUCAGAGAGCUGAAUGUGCUGAGAGAGGAAAAGUUCAGCUUGGUGGAACUUGUUCAUCACUUCUUUACUGAAACCAAAAAAGCAGGAAUCUGCAGCUUUGAAGACUUCCAGGUUGUGUUCAUCUUUGAUGGUCUGGAUGAGUGUCGACUUCCUCUGAACUUCCACAAAACUGCAAUCCUAACUGACCCUAGAAAGUCCACCUCAGUAGAUGUGCUGUUGGUAAACCUCAUCAGGGGGAAACUGCUUCCCUCUGCUCACCUCUGGAUAACCACACGACCUGCAGCAGCUAAUAUGAUCCCUCCUAGGUGUGUUGAAAUGGUCACAGAGGUCAGAGGGUUCACUGACCCACAGAAGAAGAAGUACUUCAGGAAGAGAUUCAGAGAUAAGGAGCAGGCCAGCAGGAUCAUCUCCCACAUCAAGACAUCACGAAGUCUCCACAUCAUGUGCCACAUCCCAGUCUUUUGCUGGAUUACUGCUACAGUUCUGGAGGAUGUGCUGAAUACCAAAGAGGGAGUACAGCUGCCCAAGACCCUGACUGAGAUGUACAUCCACUUCCUCGUGGUUCAGGCCAAAGUGAAGAAGGUCAAGUAUGACGGAGGAGCUGAGACAGAUCCACACUGGAGUCCAGAGAGCAGGAACAUGAUGGAGUCUCUAGGAACACUGGCUUUUGAUCAGCUGAUGAAAGGAAACGUGAUCUUCUAUGAAUCAGACCUGACAGAGUGUGGCAUUGAUAUCAGAGCAGCCUCAGUGUACUCAGGAGUGUUCACACAGCUCUUUAAAGAGGAGAGAGGACUGUACCAGGACAAGGUGUUCUGCUUCAUCCAUCUGAGUGUUCAGGAGUUUCUGGCUGCUCUUCAUGUCCAUCUGACUUUCAUCAACUCUGGACUCAAUCUGAUGGAAGACCAACAAACAACCUCCAAGAAAUCUGAAACAGGAGAAUCUUCAGAGAAAUACUUCUACCAGAGUGCUGUGGACAAGGCCUUACAGAGUCCAAAUGGACACCUGGACUUGUUCCUGCGCUUCCUCCUGGGUCUUUCACUGCAGACCAAUCAGACUCUCCUACGAGGCCUGCUGACACAGACAGGAAGUAGCUCACAGACCAAUCAACAAACAGUCCAGUACAUCAAGAAGAAGCUCAGUAAGAAUCAGAAUCUGUCUGCAGAGAAAAGCAUCAAUCUGUUCCACUGUCUGAAUGAACUGAAUGAUUGUUUUCUAGUGGAGGAGAUCCAACAGUCCCUGAGAUCAGGAAGUCUCUCCACAGAUAAACUGUCUCCUGCUAAGUGGUCAGCUCUGGUCUUCAUCUUACUGUCAUCAGAAAAAGAUCUGUAUGUGUUUGACUUGAAGAAAUACUCUGCUUCGGAGGAGGCUCUUCUGAGGCUGCUGCCAGUGUUCAAAACCUCCAACAAAGCUCUACUAAGUGGCUGUAACCUCUCAGAGAGAAGCUGUGAUGCUCUGUCCUCAGUUCUCAGCUCCAUGUCCUCUUUUCUGAAAGAGCUGGACCUGACUAACAAUGACCUGCAGGAUUCAGGUGUGAAGUUUCUGUCUGCUGCGCUACAGAGUCCACAUUGUACACUGGAAACUCUCAGAUUGGGGAGCUGUGGUUUGUCAGAGAUCAGCUGUGAUUAUCUGGUAGCAGCACUGAAGUCCAACCCCUCCCACCUGAGAGAGCUGGACCUGAACUCCAACAACCUGCAGGAUUCAGGAGUGAAACAGCUGUGUGGCUUUCUGGAGAGUUCAGGAUGUGGACUCAAAACUCUGAGGGUGGAGCCUGCUGGAGAACAAUGGUUGACACCAGGUCUGAGGAAGUAUUCCUGUCAACUCACGAUCGACACAAACACAGUAAACAAAAGACUCAAACUGUCUGACAACAACAUGAAGGUGACGCGUGUGGAGAAGGUUCGGUCAUAUCCUGAUCAUCCAGACAGAUUUGAUGUCCAUCCUCAGCUGCUGUGUAAAAAUGGUCUGACUGGUCGCUGUUACUGGGAGGUCGAGUGGAAAGGAAAUGUUUAUAUAUCAGUGAGUUACAGAAGAAUCAGAAGGAAAGGAGACAGUGAUGACUGUGUGUUUGGAUACAAUGAUCAGUCCUGGAGUCUGUGGUGCUCUAAUGUUCUUGGUUACUCUGUCUGGCACAAUAACAGAAAAACAUCCAUCUCCUCUUCCGUCUCUAACAGAGUAGCAGUGUAUGUGGACUGUCCUGCUGGCACUCUGUCCUUCUACAGUGUCUCCUCUGACACUCUGAUCCACCUCCACACCUUCAACACCACUUUCACUCAAACUCUUUAUCCUGGAUUUAGUUUCUGGUCUCCUGUUUCCUCAGUGUGUCUGUGCUGAGUUGGGUGUAAAGAGUUUCCUCCUGUUAGAGAAACACUCUGAAUGUUGAACAGAUAGUUCAGUCUGUACAUGUCUGUCUCUUUCACUCAGAAACACGUUUUCAGAUUCACGGAUUCAAUCAGUUGAUGUUUUAAACUGAUUGAAUGCUCUUCAGAUGGGUCAUAAUGCAUGUGGCUUAUCUAAUAAACAGCAGUUGCUGCAUUGAUUAUUUGAAACUAGUCUUGUCUUAAUCGUGCACCUUUUGUAUUUCAUGUUAGAAAAAUUGCUUUGAAUCUUCAAAGACAAAAAAAUAUAAAAGGUCAAGACAAUCCCUAAUUUCAAAUAAAGACCAGCACCAGCUUUGGUUGAGUCACCUCCAAAAAACCUCUUCAAUGGCAUCUACUGUCUGGAAAUGUUUGUAAACUUCCCUUGCCAUCUAUCCCCAAAGGUUCUCAAUUAGAUUUAAAGCAGGGGAACAUGCAGGUUGGUCCAAAAGAGUGAUGUUAUUCUCCUGGAAGAAGUCCCUUGUCAUGCAGGCAUUGUGUACUUUAGCGCUGUCCUGUUGAAAAACCCAGUCGUUACCACACAGAUGAGGGCUCUCAGUCAUGAGGGAUGCUCUGCAAUGUCUGGACAUAGCCAGCAGCUGUUUGAUGCCCCUGCACCUCCUGAAGCUCCGUUGUUCCACUGAAGGAAAAAGCACCCAAACCAUUAUAGUGCCCCCUUUACUGCGAAAAAUUGAAAAUUAAAUUGUUUUAUGAAAAUUAAGUAAAGGUCACAUUAAAAUGUGAAAAUUGAUCUGUUAAAUUAACUUUUUUUGUUUUUUGCUUUAGAAACCUGGAAUUACAGCUACUUUGCUAAUUUUUUAAGUGAAAAUGUGCUACAUUUGACAUUUAUUACAUUUAUUUGGUGCAUAUUGUUGAAAAAUGUCAGUUUCUUAUUCACUGGCUAGUGACUGGCUAUGUAGUGAUGGGUUUUAUGUAGGAGUACCACUGCUUUCUAUGUCCAACCUUUCAUUCGAUACAUCUUUAAAUGCUAUUCCAUGUAAUCAAGUUUGGGGGUUUUUAUUAGCUGCCUUUUUUGGUAAACAACUUCUUUAUUUUAAUUUUGUGCUAUCUAUUGAUAAGGGUUUUUCUGUGUUACUGGAAGGUCUUUACCUUAAAUUAUCAAGUGCCUUGAGGUGACUGCAAUUUUGCACGACAGAAAAUAAAAGUUGAACAUGUACCUUACUGCCUGAAGACACGAUCACAUCUGGGUAAGAGUGAAGAUAACUCAAAUUUAUCAUUUAUGGUUUUUGUAAUUGUCAGUUGAGUUCAGUAUGAAAGCGUAUAAAUUGUUAUAUGCUUUCAUAUAACAGUUGCAUGUGUUGAGGUGGAUGCAGCUGGCAGGUAGACCCUCAUUGUUUUUAAUACAUACAAAGUUUAGUGUCUGAUUUGUAAUUGUAUGAGUACAAUUGCAUAAGAAAAGUGUCAUGGAUGCUACAAAAUUGUAUUUGCAGAAAAUUAAAAUUCGCAAAGGAAUUAAAAAUGGUUCCCAAAAUGUGUGCAUUUAUAAAUCUUUUGUUAAAAUGUGUUGUAUUAAAUAUAAACUGAAUCAA